GUAGAGCGCAGGCGGCGGCUGACAGGCGCUUUUCUCCAGACGGCUGCGGCGGGAGCCGGGUGAGGCGGGCGGGCUUUAGCUCGCUUCCCCGCGUCCCGGCCCGCGAGGCUCCAGGGCGCUGGGGUAUGGACGAGGGGAAGAUGGACGAGAAUGAAUGGGGAUACCACGGCGAAGGCAACAAGAGUCUGGUGGUGGCCCACGCACAGCGCUGUGUAGUGCUGCGUUUUCUGAAAUUUCCUCCAAAUAGGAAGAAGACAUCAGAAGAGAUACUUCAGCAUCUGCAGAAUAUAGUGGACUUCAGCAAAAAUGUCAUGAAAGAAUUUUUGGGGGAGAACUAUGUUCAUUGUGGGGAAGUUGUUCAGCUGCCUUUAGAGUUUGUGAAACAACUGUGUUUAAAGAUACAGUGUGAAAGACCAGCCAAAAUGUGGGUUUAUUCCUUUCUCGAGUGAUGUUACCCAUGAGAUGAAGCAUAAAGUGUGUCGAUACUGUAUGCAUCAGCAUCUUAAGGUAGCAACUGGGAAAUGGAAGAAGAUAAGUAAAUACUGUCCCCUCGAUCUCUACUCAGGAAACAAACAGCGCAUGCACUUUGCCUUGAAGAGUAUGCUGCAGGAGGCACAAAACAACCUGAGGAUAUUUAAGAACGGUGAGCUUAUUUACGGUUGUGGUGAUGCCCGGAGCCCUGUAGCGGACUGGAAAGAGCUUGCACACCACCUGAAGCCCUUCUUCUUCCCUUCCAAUGGCCUGUCCAGUGGAUCCCACUGCACAAAGGCUGUGAUCCGGGAGCUGGUUCGGGUUAUCACCAGGGUGCUGCUGAGCAGCCCGGACAAAGGCCGAGUGGGUGCCCUGAGACUUGGGCUCCAGGGCCCCCGUGUCUGUGAAGCCAGCCCUUUCAGCAGGAGUCUACACCACCAAGGAAAAAACACCCCAGAGCACUCGGGGUUACCGAAGGGCUGUCUUCUGUACAAAACCCUCCAGGUGCAGAUGUUGGACCUGCUGGACAUCGAAGGCCUUUACCCUCUGUACAACCGGGUUGAGCGAUACCUGGAGGAGUUUCCUGAGGAGAGGAAAACAUUACAAAUAGAUGGGCCUUAUGAUGAAGUAUUUUACCAGAAGCUGCUUGAUCUGUCCACUGAGGAUGAUGGGACAGUGGCCUUCGCAUUAACUAAGGUGCAGCAGUACCGUGUUGCUAUGACGGCCAAAGACUGCUCCAUCAUGAUCGCACUCUCCCCUUGUUUGCAGGAUUCAAGCUCUGACCAGAGGCCUGUUGUUCCCUCAUCAAGGUCUCGGCUAGCCUUCUCUGUGUCUGUACUGGAUCUCGACCUCAAGCCCUAUGAGAGCAUUCCUCACCAGUAUAAACUGGACAGCAAGAUAGUCAACUAUUACUCAAAGACUGUGCACGCCAAAGAUGACACUGUGAGGUCGACUCGGUUCAAGGAACGUGAAGAUUGCACAUUAGUUCUCCAUAAGGUCUAACGUUUAUUCCCCUGCAGUGUCUUUGAAACUUGAAUGUGAAAAUUGAAUGACAGAGCUAUUUUUGGUUGUGUUGGGUGACUUGGCUGUGAAUGUUUUUGCUUUUAACACCUGUUGAGGUGAGAUUGCCUCUCAGAGAAAAGGAAUUAAAGAGCACUAGAAAUAUCUUCCAGGACAAGGAAUGUAGGAUGUGAGUGCUGUGGCCCAGGAAGCCACCCACUUCCUUAGAGUGGAAGUGUCCGUUAAGCCCCUGGGAAGACAUUCUAGAUAGUUCUUUCAACCAGGGCUCAUGUCUAAUUCUUUAAUGCAAAAAGCCUUAUUAUUAAGACCCAAGGUUUGGAUCUCCUACCACCAGACUCUUAACAUAAAAAACUUGAAUUGUCAUAAAUAUCUUAUAGUUUGAACUUUCAAGAAAACAUGGACUACUACUGGAAUGUUCCCAGCUGUUACUGGUCACUUUUUCAAUGCAAGCCACACAUCAACACAGGCUUUGGUUAGUUCCCUGCUGCAGAGCGUGGCUAGUGUGAACAUUGGUUCUGAGUGGUCUAGACUCAGGGUCCCUGUGGAGGUACUAAAGCCCAUGGCUCUGUAAAGAGGCAGCAGGGAGCGCAAGACUCAGGUCAGGGUGGACACCAUUCAUAUGAGCAUUGACUUUUUGAUUCUGCUUUAUGAUUUUAUCUUUAACUCGAGGGGGAGAUGAGUAGUUCUUUCCUACCUGAAAUUGCUGCUGUUGGAGCUGGAAGCAGAGCUGUAACUCACUGAGCUGCUGUGGCCAGCUGGGGUGGGUCUGCCCGACAGCCCAGAGUUUUCCUGGCACUCUUGUGUCUUGGGUGGUUGAGGAACAAGGUUUCCUUUCCUCCCAAGCCACAUUCCUCCCUUGGGUUAGCCUGAGGCAUGUCGGGUAGGCAGGCCCAGGGCCUUGCUGUUCCCAUCAAGGCUGUACAAGGCUCCUGGCUGGCGCGGAGAGGAUUCUUAUUGGGGUCACCAAAAGUGUGCCUGGCUGCUAUGAAAUCAUUGGGAGUUUUGGCUUCAUUUUUUUAUCAUAUGGUAGGCUGUACAGACUGAUUAUUUAUAUCAUCCUUUUGAGGGACUAAUGAAGGCUUACUGUAACAUGUAAUAGCAAAACCACGGAGCUAUAUAAAAAUGCUACAUGAAAAAUGAGGAAAAUAUUUUGCUGAUUGUAAACUUUUGUGGGAAAUUUUGUGAUAAUUUGAGAAUUAUACUUGUUUGAAUCAA